AUGUCUUACCCAGAGAUCGAGGAGUUCGCCUCUGAAGAUAUCGGUUUCCAAUUGGCAACUGGUAAACAUGGUGUACAGCUCUUCAAGAAUCCCGUGGACUUCGAAAAUGUCGCCACCUCACCGUUACAUUUGCUCUCGGUGGGAAACACAAAGAAGAUAUACGCCGUUUCGAACACAACCCUGGUAGCGGUGGGCCAUUUGUUAGACUUGAACUCCCCAGACUCGAUCAGACUGAGUCUUCAUACCAUGGAUGUUCCCUCGCUCACAUGUCUCUCGCUCAAUAGCUCCAACGAUACCUUGUACGGAGUUUCUGCAUCGAAUGUAGUUUCGAUGCUUGUGGCGGACAUCGAAGCUGGCAACUCCAAAGUGACCCAAGUAACGGACUCGGGUGACGUGUCCACAAUGGCCGCCUCACCAUGCUCGCCCCUGCUGUACUUUUUCUUGAAAGUAGACAAGUCUCUCAUCAUUGUGCAUGGUGAAGAAUCAACUAUUCCAGCCAUCAAUGCUGCUGCAUGGAGUAUUCUGGGCACGACGGUGGGUGCAGUUACUGACUUUGAAUUCUCCGUAUUCGAUGUUCAUGGCAAGUUACUUGUCUCCCACGAAUUUUCCGAUGUGGAGCUUAAAGAUGUUUCGUGUGUGGAUUCGAACAAUUGGUUCAUUCUGGCCACUGAGUCCGAGGAAGACGUAUAUUACCUCGUCAAUGUGGAGCUGAACACUAUAAAAAACGUGUCUUCUGUUGCAUUAGCUCCUCCAUUCGGCGACGCUGAAAGAGCACAUUCUCUCUACUCCACAUCCCUAGUCAACUGGACUGCUGGAACUUCUUAUGCAUUUAUCACCUCGGCUUUGUCAACAGACAUUGCAACUGUGGAGUGUGGUAACGGUUCCAAACUCGUAACUCAGCUUAAUGAUACAGACCGUGCUGAGUUACCGAUGGACGACGAUUCAGGUGACGAUACAUUGCCUGUGGGUUUUGCUAUUGACGUAUCUGCCACAGAUCUCACUGUGAAGGAGCCGUGUCAGGGAGUGGAAGAAGCUGUGGGUGUGUUACCUAGAUUAUUGUGUUUGAAUAAUUUGGGUAACUUGCUCAUCUGGUAUGUGUUUGACACCACUGGUGUCAAAAAGGGCACUGUCAGUCUCACAAGAGCACUUGAAGCAAUCACCCCUGCGCAAUCAAAAACGUCGUCGUCAGAGGCAAGUGAAGAAAAAAAUUCUGAAAUAACCAGCACAGCAAAGGAAGAACCAAAACAAGCGUUCGGAUCCACUAGUUUUGGCCAAUUGUCUUUCGGUUCCCGGCCUAGUGAAACUUCUGGUUUCGGCUCCUCAGGUUUUGGUCAACCUUCACUAGCACAAUCCAGUCAGGAGAGUUCGGGCCCCGAGAAACCUUCUGGUUUUGGAUCCGGUUUUGGGUCUUCUGGGUUUGGAUCUUCCAGCCUUGGGUCUAGUGGUUUCGGCAAAUCAUCUUUCGGUUCAAAAAAAGAAGACUCAAAUUCGACCUCCAGUGGGGCAGGUUCUACUGGCUUUGGAGGUGCAACUUUUGGCCAGACUAGCUUCGGAAACAAGCCAACAUUUGGCUCAUCAGGAUUUGGUGCUACAUCAGGAUCUUCUGCAUCGUCGAAGCCAAGUAAUUUUGGCUCUUUUAGCUCUUCUUCUUUCUCGAGUACAAAAACAGGGCAAUCACCAUUUGGUGAAACGCAACCUCCCAGUGGAUCUCCUUUCGGAGCUGUGAAAGCUUCUAUCGACUCUCCAUUUGGUUCCAAAGCUUCUACUGAUUCACCAUUCGGCAAUAUUGGGGGUUCAGAGCCAUCUCCGUUUGGAAGCGCUAGAACUUCUACUGCAUCUCCAUUUGAGUCUACAAAGCCUGCUCCUUCUCCGUUCGGAACAAUGAAGCCUGUUCCUUCUCCAUUUGGGUCUACCAAGCCUGCUGACUCUCCAUUUGGGUCUACAGAGCCUGCUCCUUCUCCGUUCGGAACAAUGAAGCCUGUUCCUUCUCCAUUUGGGUCUACAAAGCCUGCUGACUCUCCAUUUGGGUCUACAGAGCCUGCUCCUUCUCCGUUCGGAACAAUGAAGCCUGUUCCUUCUCCAUUUGGGUCUACAAAGCCUGCUGACUCUCCAUUUGGGUCUACAGAGCCUGCUCCUUCUCCGUUCGGAACAAUGAAGCCUGUUCCUUCUCCAUUUGGGUCUACAAAGCCUUCGAGCUCACCUUUUGGGGCUCUCCAACAACAAAAGACCAACAAAGAAUCGACUCCAGAGUCUUCGGGAGAUCUUUUCGGGCCCUCCUCCUUUGGGAAGUUGGAUUUAUCUGAAAAGUCAGACGAUGCUCCAAAGACAUCUCUAUUCGGUUCUGGCGUGGCUGUGAAGGACGAAAAUUCGGAGCAUUCAACCAUCAAUGCUGAAGAUACAAAAGCAACAAAAGAGACUGAAGACAAAGAAUCGUUCAGUCUUCCAGCUCUCGGAUCAAACCAAGUCAAAUCAGAACCAUCUGCGUUUGAGAAGUUGAAGUCUCAAGAGCCAGGAGAGAGCGUGAAUUCUAGAAACUCUAGUGAUGAAUUAGGAACGGAAGAAGAUUCCGGUGUAAAUCGGUCUGAGUCGGAAGCAUCUCUUUCUGAGGCUGAAAGAACUAAAAAUGAGCGUUCACAACAGGAGAAAACCGAGACAACGAAGUCGCAACCACUAUCAGUUUCAAAAUCUGAUGUUGAAGUUCCUGGGGCCGAUGUUAAGGAAUCUAAAAGGGAACAAAUAUCCUUGAAGACUAAACAAGCACCAGUUGAGAAAAGCUCAGAGGGCUGGAAAGAAAGCAUCUUGAAGAUUCCAGAGAAGGUACAAAAUAUGUCGCAGAACACCACUGCAGAUCAAAAACUCAACGUUUUGAACCCUGACUCUUCAGGAUUAACUGACGAAGUCGCCGAUUCUGAAAGUGACGACCAAUUCAGAAACGACGAAAAUAAGCCUGAUAACGAAGUGCAGUCUGUAAUUGAUUUCCAGCCUCUUUCUUUAUUCGCAGGAUGGACCAGUUCUCCGAAGAGAACGAACAACAAAAUCACCAAUGAGAUCUUGGAAUUGUUGGAAAGCAGUCAUGCAAACAUGACAGUGCUGGAGCUUAACGCACUCUCCAUUCAGGAGUUGAUAGAAAACUGCGACUUUAACGACUACGUGUAUGGUAUGGAAGAACUUGAGUACCCAGAGAUAUGGACUUUGGGUGCGGUAGAGGACGUCACAGACAUUGCCUACGAAGUGAACUCCAAAGUUGAGGAGAGCUUGGUGAAUGCCAGAGCCCAAUACAAGUCACUUUCGAGGCUCAUGGGAGUAGUGGAGAAAUGUGACUCGUUGAAAGAACAAUUGUCACGAAUAAUCUCGCAAAUUGCCAUGUUCAAGCAAGAACUUGACUCUCCUAAAACAUACAACCGUCCACUCGAUAUUAAGUCGCAGACAUUGUGCUAUAAAUUAAGAAAGAAUUUUGACAAUGUGCAAAAGAACCACGAGUUAGCGCUCGAGAAGAUUGUGCAAUUGAAAAUGAAGCAGCAAGUUGAUCGUGACUUUGUCAAAAAAGUUGAACAGGUUGUGUUUGAGAUUCAUGCCAAAUCGAAACUCUAUCGCGAACAAUUCCAAGAACUAGAGGUUUUGCUCGAUAAUGCCUCAGAGCCCUCAAAAACUCUUUCGAGUCCGCAAAGCAGUGGCGUGAUAACCAACUUUAAAUCUCAAAAAUGGCGCUUUGCUUCUAAGUUUGCAAACCCAACCGUCAAGAAAGUGAACAUUGAUCAGAUCUAG